AUCCACAAAUUUGAAUAUAGUGUGAAAAUAAAUGUCAUUUUACAAUUUACAAAGACCUUGUAUUCCCAGGGAUUAUUCGAAAUCUGUCAGGCUUUAAAACCUGUAUUAAAUCGAAGAACAUUUUCUUAUUUUCGCUCUUAAACAUCUGCGUAAUGUCGAACACUCCUUGAAGCCGUCCAGAACGGCGGAAAUUAGCGUCUUCUGCGCGUCCAGGAAGUACCGGAAGCACCAUGUUUACAUCGCUGCAGCAUCUAUACAGUGAUAUCUACUUGCUGCUUCGCUACAUCUGAAGUUUUUGUGUAAAAACAAAUUGUCUUCCCCUAUACGCGUUUAUAUUUUUUCAUAUAUAUUAUAAUACCCCACAAAGCAGAGAUUAAGCUGUUAUUAAAUAAUUGGAGUUGGUUUUCUUUAAAUCAUUGGAAAAUGGAACAGCUCGAAUCGGAAGAGAAAAGUGAGGAAUGCGGAGCCCAGGCUUCUCACUUGCCCAGUGCAGAGCACAGCGAGAAUAAAGGCAAUGAGCUGUGUGCGAAGGAGCCUAAAUCUCACUCCUGUAAGCUUUGCGGCGUGAAAGAUGUCAAUAUUUUACAGUACUACAUGCAUCUUGUGGGAGGAAAGCACAGACAGAGGUUGCGCCAGGAAGGCCUGACAGUUCCUGAUUCAGAAGCAAGUUUACUAAAGAAGGGAGUUCUGCAUGUCUAUAUGGAGAUGCAGAACCGCAAGGAGCCAAUUAUUGGCUUGCAGUUUGUGGUCCAGUUCAAGAGCACGGGGGACUCGGAUCAUCCAUAUUACUUCUGCCAGCUGUGCAAAGUCCUGUGUCAGAACGACGCUAUCAGCCACGUUGCCAGCCGUACGCAUCGCUUUACUUACAUUAAAGAAAUUCAUCCAGACAUGCUGCCUCAGAAUUUGAAAAACCCUGGGGCGAUUCACCUCCUGAAACCCAUCGCGCAGACGCUGGAGACGAAGGAGGGCAUGGGGGAGGUUCAGGUGCAGACCUUGUCUCCUGACGACUGGUCUAAAUUUAAAACAAUGAGCCUGGAAGAGAUUAUGGAGAAGUAUCAGGUGGCAGCGUUCUCCACGAAGCUCCCCAGUGGCGAUUCAGAAAAGUGCCAGAGCGACCUCCCAGUUGAAGCUUUGCCUUUUGAAAAGAAUAAGAAAAUAGAGAAGCUCAAUGCACAGAAAGAAGUCAAGGAACGGAAAUUUCCCUGCUGUGAGAUCUGUGAAGUGGUUUGCAGCAGUGAGAUACAGUUAAACAUGCACUUGAACGGAAAGAAGCACAAACUGAAACUGAAAACUGUUCAAUGCAAAGAAAACUGGACUGCAGAAAGUGUGGGGACCUUAAAAAACUAUGUUGAAAAUCCCAAGAGGUCUGAACCAGUGGUGGGCCUGAAAUACGUGACAGAAUAUCGCUUCCCAGAUGAAAACCAAGUUCCUUAUUACUUGUGCAGCCUGUGCAAAAUCAAGAUGAAAACAGGUAUUACAUCUCAUGUCACGAGCCGGAAGCAUCGCUUCAUCUACAUGAAACAACUGCAUCCCGAUUCGCUGCCAUUCUAUUUGAACCUAGAUCAAAUUCCUAAGAUAAGCUCCUUCCUGAGGGAAAAGGCUGAGAUCCUGGAGAAGACCUUUGGACGUGGCGAAUACCUGGUAGAAGUACUACCAGAAGGUGAUGACCAAAAACUCAUGACCUUGAACUAUGAUGAAGCUCUGAAACUCCUGCAAAACAGGAGUCAAAAGAAGGGCAAGAGGACUUCUAAUCAUGUGUUAGAAGAUGAAAGGGGUCCGGAUGACAGUGAUUGCAGACGAUCGUCAGAAGUUCAGAUGAGGGAAGAGAGGUGUAUGGACUUUCCCAGCCAGAGGCAUCCUGGGAGAAGGGCUCUGGAUAUAGAUCGUGACUACUGGCCCAGGAGAGAGUGUUCUGAAAAAGGCUUGACCAGGUACCCAGAAUAUCACUCUAGAAGAAGGUCUCCUGGAGAUGAGCAGGGGAAUCACUAUGGGGCGUGCAGAGAGCCUGUAGAUCAUUUAAAACAGAAGCCAAGAGGAAGAUACAGUUCUGCAGGCUUUCCAGCACACAGAGACAAAUCUUACUUCACUGACUUUGACCCAUACACCUCGCGUGGGGGGAGCCCUGAUCCAAGGUACCCCAGGAGCCAUAAAGCACAGGAUUUCAUUACAACUUAUGAAAGGCAGAAAUAUUCUGACGAUCUGCCUAGUCUCUCGAAGGAAAGGCAUCCUUCAGAUGCUGAUGAUGACAAAUACCUUUUGCGUCGUAAAAGGCAAAGACAGUGGGAGGACAUCCCGGAAGACAGGUUCUCAGAACCUGAUAAUGAAGGCUUAAGAGGUGAAGAUCAUUCUGGAUGGAAGUAUUCUGAAGACAGAGCAGGUUAUAGAUACAUUAGAGGUGUUAAAGAGGAUAAAUACCAGUUGGACUAUAAAAGACCUAGAUUAUCAGCUUCCAGGUACAGUCUGAAUGAAGAAACAGGCACUCCCUAUCCCAGUAUCGCAAGGAACAGAAUAUUGGAGGAACCUACGGAUAAUGGGUGCCCUGAGAGCAGAAUAGAGAGGGGCCAUACAAAAUUAAGAGAAUACGUCUCGGUGGCAAAAUUUUCUCUGUGUGUUUGGAGCUCAGAUGGAAAUCCUGCAGGCCAGAGAUCGUCUGAGGACACAAGUGGGGGACAUUACUCUGUAAAUCCACAAGAAGAAGGGGUAGAAAACCUCCAACCCAAAUGCCACAGUAAUUUCUACUCAGAAACUGGUAUAGAAAGAAGAAGGUUACCUGAAGAUCUUCCGGGUCAAAGGUACCCUGAGGAUUACACGGGCAGGAAUCUGCCUGGGGUUGUCUGGGGGGACAGAUUAAAAGAAGACAUUCCAGGACCCUGUCAAGUUGAAGACGGCAGCAGUAGAAAGCUUCCACCAGGUGCUGGUUUUAAAGAAUUUGCUUCAGGUUACACAGAGCACCCAUCUCAAGACAGAAGAUACAGUGACAAUACGUCAGAGCCUAGGGCAGUGCAGGGUCUGGGCUAUGAACGAUACAGGUUACCAGAAGAUGACUUGGGAGUAAAGAGUACUGCAGGUAUUGAACGGUACAGAUUUGUGGGAGAUACCUCUGCCAGCAGGCUCUCCAGCAAAUCCCCAAUGGGUUUGCCAAGUAAAGAUUUUGAGAGGUGGGGAAUGCGUGAGGGUCCUCCUUCCAGCUACCUUGCGGGGAACACCCACCAAGAAAGCCCAGCAGAGAGUGCAGAUGCUGCCGGUGUGUGGUGCACUGAGAGCAGGGCAGGGAGGAGUUAUCCUUCCUAUGCUCAGACACACACACUUUCCACCGGCACUCAGAGGCACAACCUGUCAGAAGAUGGUGGAACUGGCUCGAGACAAAGCUUUGGGGCUCGGGACAAAGCUACGGCCUGUGACGUCCAGGGCCAGGUAGUGAGUGAGUACCUCCGAGGUAUAAGGUACUCUGCACAGAGUGUCGGCAGAGGCGAGCCUGGGGGAGGCCAACCCAGAGGAAAGCCAACAGGGGGAGCAUCCCAUGCUGGGGCCCCAGGGAGAAGGGACAAUGAGGAAGGCAGAAGGGCCGAAGAGCCAUGCUGGUUCACUCACAGUGACACACAAUUGGGAACACAACCCCUGAAGGCCCAAAUGUCUGUAGUCUACCAGUCUUGUACCCAGAGAUCACAAGAGCCAGAAAGAGCUUUUACUUUAGGAGGCAAAUCCAGCAACCCUGCAGCCUUCAGUCCCAGACAGCAUGGUGCUGGACAAUUGAGAAGCCAAGACUCUCCCACAGUCAGUAUACCCGGCUUGGAUUGCAUUUCCUCAGAGCAGGGCGACAGUGUCCCAGCAACUGUAACAACACGUACAGCUAGAGUACUGCAAGUGUUGGAGCAAAUCUUAAUGGUACAGCCUCGAUCCAGUGGCCAGAGACCCUCAGCUUCAUCAGGCCUUUAAUGGAGAGGCCUUGUCUGGCAGCCUGAGAGAGGCUGACGGCUGUGAACCCUGCAUCUGCACACAGGAGAGAAUGAGGAAGUGUAAUUACAUUCCUCCAGCCCGCCCACCUUGUAACCAGUCGUUUUCUAACACUAGCGCCGAUUGGAAGAGAAGCACCUCCUUCAUGGACAGCACCACAGAGCCUGCAUGUGCCUGGGGGGGUCACAGGGGUUGCAGUAUUAUCGAGAGCUGAGAGAGCCCUGGCUUACUCAUCCCAGCCUACAGUUACAGCACUCACCCAGGUGUUCAGUACUGCUUGGGGAAAUCCUGGUCAAUUGACUAGUGACAUGGAUCUAGACUCUUUUUUAUGAACAGCAAGUUCAUGAAUAUGAUACAAUAAUAAGGGCAUGCACCCCGAAAUAUUUUGGCUUUCCAAGCCUUGCAGUGUGCAAUAUUUAAAUCUUUUGGAGAAUGUGUAGAUUUUGUUGUAAAUCAUAAGAAAGAACCCAGUUUAAGCUCUUUUUAAAAAAAAAAAAACAUAUUUGUUUAGUGAUGCUUUGAACAGUACAUUUUAAAAUAUUUUUUGUACUGAAAACAAAAUCUGAAGCAAAAGCAAGGUGUCUCAGGCAUAAAAGAGAAAAGAUUCAUCUCCAAUCUGUCUCUUGCACCACAAACAUAGUAGAACAGCCAUGUCUUCCUCACAAGAUGAUCCUGGAUGGCCCAGUGUAGCCUUGAUCUUUCUUCCAGACCCCUACAUGCUCUUUGAACAGAGAAUCUGAGGAUACAUGGUAGUUGGGCUCAGAGGAGGAAGAAGGGACUAAGGAGCAUGGUCAGCAUUGUGCACACUGACAGACAGACUUGUCAAAGAUCUUGGGUGAAAGUGCUGCAGAUUCCCUUUUUCACAAGUGCCCUGUUGGCCUCAGGUCCUCUCUAGUUCUCACAUAAAAUUGUCCAUCUAUCUGUCUAGCAGUCUGCAGAAAGUUCCACUCUCAUUGCCUAUGGAAGUGUUCCUUCACUUUUAUGAGAUUGUGCAUUCGUUAAGGAUGUUUGUUCUUUUCCUUUUUAUUUUUUUCAAACUUAAAAACAAGUCUUGAUUCCAAGAAAAAUGUGAAGAUACAGUAAAUUAGCUCUUGGUUGUUGAUGUUGGACAAAGAACUGGGAGGACACCCAGAUUGGGGUUGUGUUUAAUCUAAGUUCUUUAAAAUGUUUAAAAUACUGAUGUUUUACUUUUUGUGUUUAUAGCCAUUGGUUAAUAAAUAUUAGUAU